UUGGAAUUGUGAAAAUCAAAUCGAAAAUAGGGAUAAUUGACUCGCCAUGUUUGGAUAAGCAUAGAAAAAUUUGUGAAAAAACCGAAAAAUGACUUUUAGCGAUAUUACUGAAAUCUGUCGGCUUUGCUUGAUGCCGCUCAAUACGUUUUAUAUUGAUUGUGCACUUGAUAAAGAGUUCAACGAUACCAUUAAAAUGGUUUACAACAUCGAUAUCAAUGCAGUUGAUGUGUUUUCAACAAAGGUAUGUCUCAUGUGCUGUGAAGUUUUGAUGUACAACACAAUCCACCAUCAUCGUGCUGUCAUUCAAUCCAGCUUCAUUGUCGAAGCUCAAAAUAGCUUGACUCGUGUUCAGCAGUUAUCAGAACGGAUCAAGAACAAGUUGCGAAAGUUUGGAAAAAAAAAAUCGGAAAAAAAGUGUGAGAAACAUACAUUGCCCGAUUCGCCUAUCAUUGAUGUUGAAAUGAUUGAGGUUGAACCAAUAAGUACGUCACAUUCAUUGUUUAAUCUACUACCAUCUGAAUUUCUCAUAUCAAUCGCAUUUCAUAACCUAGUGAUGCCUCAAAUGGAUUAUGAAAUGGAUAUGGAAGUUAUAAAUGGCAAUGGGGAUUCGGAAAUGAUCGACAAUUCUUCAAACACUGAAAAGGACACGCCAUCGUACUUGACUGAUUUUAAUGACUGGAAUAACUAUGCUGAUGAUGUCAUCGGCCAGGACAAUGUCAAACCGUCUCAAUCACUUUUUCAGUUGGCCAAGAAUUUUUGCUGUAUUAUAAUGAAAAAGCAGAAAACCAACAUCGAUAUCGAAGAAAUAACACAUAAAAUGGCCUUACUUCGAUUUAAUGUUUAAUACACUGUUUCUCGUACGAUUUUUAAGGAAAAAUUAUAUUGGUGGCAUAAAUGAUAUUGCACUUAAACAUAUUCUUAAUUAUAAUUUAUGUACGCCUGAACGCAUACUAACGAGUAUUUUGA